AUGCACCCAACAAGGCUUUUAGACAUCAAAUUGCGGCUUUUGCAACAUAUAAUAGGAAGCCCAAUGUCCCAGUGCAUGGCAGAUCUUGUUGAUCUCUUUAAAGCGCUCAGCAUGGAGCUAUCUCUUGAGAAAUUUGAGGAUUGUGCUGGUGUGGGCGACGAGGCUGUAUUGCAGGAUUUACUGCCGGAAUGUGUAUGCAGUACGCAGCUCUUUAAACAGCUCUUAAUCGAUCUGGGCUCAUUGGGGUCUACUCAGGGGUUUAUCCUUUCGGUUUUUCCAGAUUGUACUGAGAUGCACUUGCCGACCACUGUUGUCGACCUCGGCCCUGGUUCGGCAAAUCUAUAUAACCAUCUAUUGAGGACCUGUUGUAGGACCUGUUUGAAUCGGUGUUUAGCCACAGGGAUAGAAGGAUCUGAUCUCCUUAAGUUUCUGUUCGCAGACACUGGAAAGAUAUCGCUUCUCUCUACUGAUGAUCGCAAAUAUCUUAUUCUGCUUAUUUCCGGCUCUAUAUUCUCGUCAGCAGAAACAGCAUGCCCAUUCUGCACGCCGAUGAGCGCAAACGCCUCAAGUCUUUCACAAUUUGAUCAGUUGUUACCGCAGCGCCAAGAUUUCAUAGACGACAUAAGAAAGUUUUCAACCGAUUUCGAAAACAAGCACGCGUCCCAGUUCUUAGGCUAUACUAUAAGCCCCACUGGAAUUAACUUUCCUGCGUCAGCUAUGCAUCACUUAUAUCAGUCAAAUGGUGCGGAGCUCUCUCAGUGCUCUGUACAGACAUCUAGGGUCCUGGAUAUAUAUCUGCAAGAUAGCAUUGUCAUUGACGAGAGAGCGUCACUUACAGCGGUUAGCGAGCCUGUCACUGUCAUAGACUCUCGCCCAAUAGUGGAACUGAGCAGAAUGACUGCUACUAGUGGGGUGGGCGAUGAGCUUGUUAAUUGUAGCGGCGGUAAUGCAGCGAGCUUACUGGACACCUUCCCUACAACUAUCCCAAUAUCUGCAAAGCAGCGGACCGAUCUGUCAUAUCUUUCUGAAUUACCCAUUGCGUGCGGGAUAACCCCAACUGUGACGCCAGGAAUAGGAAGGCAUGUAGAUCAAAACACACUGAAGCUUGAUCAUAUGGCAAUAUCUAAUAGAUCACCAUCGCCAAUACAUUGCUUUCACCAGGCCGUUGAGCCUGUUCCAAUAUCUGCUGUAACAGACUUUUAUGAGGUAGACGUAGAUAAUGAAAAUACAGAGGAAUUACCCUUCUCAGUGGGUACAGCUCGUGCAACAAAGGAGCUAUCGCUUGCUCAAAAAAAUACACAUAUUAAUACUGUAGUUAUGAAAGAACGGCAAGAUAAAACAUGUCCUAUUGAGUCAGAGCCUCAUAGUCACACUACCAUGGAAGAGGAGGUAAUGGUGUCUUCUCUGUCUUGCAUUCUGGAACGAGUGCCCAAAACCAAAUCUAUUUCUAAUAUAUCUGCAAAUAAUAUACAGAAUCAGGACAAACAGGAUAGAACAUAUCUAGAAGAAAGAGCAGGUUUGCCUCUAUCUUCGCCUUCACCUUCGGAUGCCCCCAUUACAAGUCCGCAGCCUGUAACGGCAAUCAAAGUCAGAGAUAGCACAUCAGGCAUAGACGCAAGCACUGAUUGUUGCAAUAUUUCCAUUGCAAGCGCGCAACCAGACCUACAGGAUUCCAUGCUUAAAAAGGCGAGUUCACAGCAGCAACUAUUCUCACCAAGAGCAAUUGCCGUGCGAAUUACUAAAAGAAAAAGCCCGUCUUUGUCCAAAAAACAAAUACACAGUUCAAAUUCUCCACAAGUCCCCCCGCCAGAGCAGACGUAUACUGUUACUAGGAUCCACCGGGUUCAACCCGUCAAGAACAGUGGACUUACUUCGGAGUCCGACCCUGCUUCUGGCUUUCCUGUCGAGGUAGAAGCUUCCGUGACCGGUGCGAAUUUAGAGCACGUACAUGAGUUGGAGCGGGGUUCAAUCGCUUAUACUGUAUCGUCAGCCAUUCACGAUGCUAUAAAGCUCAACCCCAUGACAGCUGUUCUAAAAGUGGAUUCAAUAAAGAUCGACUGUUCGGUCAAGGAGAAUAAGAUCGAGUCUGUUGUUACUGGCACUGUAGAAGAGAGCGUGCUGAACAACACCUCUCUAAGCGAGUCUGCCAAUGCCCAAUGCACCGCAACUUCGGUGCGGGACAGUCUAUCAUCGUCACUGCCUAUUGUUCCCCGACCUCCAGUAGCUGCUGCCGUUGCUGCGAUCUCUGUUCGGGCAGUGCUUCAAGGCGAGCAGCUGGAUGGAUCAGACACCUUCCAGGAACUUACUGGAAGUGUUAGGCGGCAACCAGAGGACAGGUCAGAGUCUCCCCUGGUUACGAUUAGCGCUCAUCCUUCCAAUUAUGCGUCCCCAACAUUACCUAUAUCUCCCCUUCCAUCUGCGCCUCAAGUAAUCCUGGAGACAGCAACCAAAGAAGUCCCAAUUGAUCAAGAGAACCCCGCAGCAACAAGUUCUAUUUCAGAGAGCCCACUACCAAGAAACAGCCAGAUCUACAUACCCCCACGACCUGAUGACCCAAAUGACUCUUGCCCCCCUAUUUCUCAUGCUCAAGAGCCUAAACCCGAGGACUCUACCGGUUUUGCAAAAGAGGAAGAAAGCCUUACAAGAGAGCCAACACCUGAUUCCUCUGAGAUAGCCACAGCCUCUCUCCACCAGCAGCAACCAGCUGUGGGAUGUACCAAUGUAAGCAUACCAGAAGAGAUUCAUAAGGUGACAACCGAUGAAGAUGCUAUGGAUGCUGGUCCAUCGGCACACAGUAUAAAGAACAUUAAUAGCCCAGAAAUACAGGACCUACAAGAUGUUUUGCGAGAGAUUGGCAAUUCAAUAAACAGUAGAGGCGCAUCUCGGGCCACAUCGCCGAACCACGGUGCACGAUCAUCAGGAAUGCAACUUGUCCAGGCGAUCCCCAUCCUUGUUGACAUGCUCGACGCAACUGAAGCGUUGAUUCCAAGAGCUACUGCCCAGGCCAGUAUAAUGAAUAUUGAAGUUUCCAUAGAUGAAGUCAAUGGAAUGAGCAGUAUUUACGAUCAAGUCAUCGAGGCCGAACCAGAGCCUGAAUCUAAGGAGCAGCCGUCUCCCCAGCUCCAUGACACUGUCAUGUCUCCAUCACAGUUGGAGGCUGACCGGAUGCAACCGCUUAAUGAGGUUCAUGAAGCCAUGCAGGAUACCACGCUUCCCUCCCAAGGUGUUAAUCCAGAGGAAGUUGGUGCUAUCCUUGCCCUAGAGCUACAGAAGGAAGAGGGCGAGGUGAAUACUCAUCAGUCUCAUGAGGAUUCGGCUGAAGAGAUACUCCUUAAUGGGACUCCGAUUACCAAGUCGCAGACAAGGCAGGAAAAAGUCAAACGCGGCAUGUGUGGGAGCCGAUCAGUUAGCAAAAGCGGAAGCCGACUGACUAGCAGGACAGGAAGCCGAGCAAUCAGCCGCACAACAAGCGAGAUCCACAGUGAAGUACCAUCAGGAGCUACGUCAACGCGUGCUAGUCGGCGACUGGGCAAGAUAAAGCUAUCGUCAGCAGCAAAUGUUAGAGACAGCUGUUCAGAUGCCAAGGAACCGGCUACUCCAGAACCCAAAGACCCCGUAGACUUACCUGCAACGUCUCUUCCUGAAAGCAUUGCCCCAUCUGUCGACCUAGCCACUCACUGA